GAAAAGGAGUAAACUAAUUAUAAGUGGGAUUUUAAACACUAGUUUAACUCGUUGAAGAAUAUUUACCUUUCAAAAAGAUUAUGUUGCAGGUUUUCUUAAUUUGUGCACUAUUUUUUACCAAAGAUGUACUGACUCAAGAAUGUGAAGCCGACGAUCAGUAUCCAUGGAGCUAUCACGGUCCAGAUAAUGGCCCCUAUUACUGGGAUGAUAACUAUCCAGACUGCGGGAAGAAAGACCAAUCUCCUAUCGAGAUCAAUAAAAAGGAUAUUUUAAACUUGGAUUUGCCUCAAUUGCAGUACAGCGGAUUUGACACACUAAUAAGUAAAGCAACUGUACUGAAUCUAGGAUGGACAGUACUGAUAAUUCCUGAAGACGAUGUCAAUCGGUAUAUAACUUGGGGAAAAAAUACCUUCACUCUUGCCGAAAUUCACUUCCACUUUGGCUCUGAGGGCGAUCCUGGCGCUGAACACGUCAUAGAUGACAUCAGAUACGAGAUGGAGGUGCAUUACGUAACUCAUAAAGAAAACGAUCCGAACGCUGUUGCCGUUGUUGCCGCUCUUAUGGAAGCCAAUGACGACGAUAACUCUGCAUUCAGUCCAAUAACAGAGGUCUUAUCCGAUGUUAUGUAUAGAAAUGAUUCCACAGAGCUCAAAUCCGAGCUCAAUUUGGCUGAUCUUCUACCUCAAGACCCCGGGUCAUACUACUACUACGAAGGGUCAAAUUCAAUUCCACCUUGUCAAUCGGGAUAUGCGUGGUUGGUACUGAAGAACAUUGGGGAAGUUGGAAAAGAUCAACUUGACACUUUCAUGACCUUGUAUUCAGUAGGAAAGGAUGACGCAAGUGAUUCUUGUCUAAUGGGCCCCAACUACAGGCCCGAACAGAGUCUCGAUCAUCGACCGAUAUUCAGUUCAAAAUAGAAAGAAAAGUGUUCACAGAUUUUUUUUCCAAUGUAUAGCAGAUGACAAAUUUGUAAUUGUAAGCAUUUAAAUAAUUUCACUGGCAAAUGAAAUAAAACACAUUCUUAAAA